GUACAAUAUAUAUGGUAAACGUUUUAUACAAAACAUUUAAAAAAUCUGUAAACAAAGCAAUAACCUUUGCACAAAGUGUACAAACACAUAUGUGUAAUUUCAUAAAACUUAACAUUACCAACUUAUUUAUAAAGAGAAAUGUUUUCUUUUGUUAUUAUUCUCUUAUUUGCUUCCGUCAUCAAAAUACUAGUUCCCUCUCGUUUUUCUUUCAAUGUAUAAAAUAACAAAUUUAACUGAUAAGUUGUUAUUAAGUGAAAUAAGCCGGUAUCAAUCAAAAAUUUUAUCAAUAACAUAAAUUUUGGAUGCUACCGCGCACAAUGUUGUCAAAACUUUGCAUUCUUAUACUGUGUGCAGUAUUAACAGCCGGCAGCAAAUAUGAUGAAAGCGGUUCAUGCCAUUCGUUUGCUGGUGGCUCUGUUUAUCCUUCUGAAGGACCUCGUGGUGACCACAAGUUGCAAACCACUAAGGCUGUCAUAUCUAAGUUAGCUCCAACGUUUGAAGGAACAGCUGUUGUGAAAGGAGAAUUCGUCAAAUUAUCACUCUCCCAAUAUCAUGGGAAAUAUUUAGUACUUCUUUUUUAUCCACUUGACUUCACCUUCGUGUGUCCCACCGAAAUUAUAGCGUUUUCGGAUCGCAUCGAUGAAUUCCGUAAGAUAAAUGCUGAAGUCGUUGCGAUUAGUGUAGAUUCACAUUUUACACAUUUGGCUUGGAUCAACACACCACGAAAAGAAGGCGGUCUGGGAUAUGUAAAAAUUCCAUUGCUUUCGGAUUUGACGCAUAAAAUUAGCAGAGACUAUGGAGUUUAUUUAGAAGAUUUGGGUCAUACACUACGUGGUCUAUUUAUCAUUGAUCAUCGUGGAAUCUUGCGACAAAUUACUAUGAAUGACUUGCCGGUAGGACGUUCAGUAGAUGAGACACUUCGUUUGGUACAAGCAUUUCAAUAUACUGACACUCAUGGAGAAGUUUGUCCAGCUGGUUGGAAGCCUGGCGCAGAGACAAUUGUUCCAAAUCCCAAAGAGAAAACGAAAUAUUUUGAGAAGAUUAAUAAAAUUCCAUAAUAACGUACCUUUUUUACUUCCAAUUUUUAUAUAUUGAUAUCAAAAUAAAUAUAUGUAUGUAUUUCAAAUUUUCACUAA